CCGUUGCAGCAGUUCCUCUCCACCCUGUGAUCCCGGCCUCUCCUACCUUCAUCCUUAUUCUCACGACAUCCCGAGACCCUUACCGUCCAACUUCAAUCGGUCCUUAUGGCUCCUCCACCUCCCUCGAACCUGCCUCUGCCUGACAGGCUGAAGGCUCUGGCUCAAACAUUGCAAUUUGCUUGGUUUGCUGGGCAUGUGACGUUGCUCCUUUCCGUCCUCCGUUAUGUUCUGUCAUACAUCACCUUCAACUACUAUUCUUCCUCGGCGCAGGCGGCCUACCGCCUUGCGUUCGUGUCCGCUGCCGCGACAUACGGCAUUGUGGUGUACAAAGGACACAUUGCCCGCGGUCGUCUCCAGGGCAGCAUCCCUAAUAUUGUGUUGAAGCUGGCUGGCGAUGAGAAUGUUCAAUACCUCGGCAUGGCAUUGGUUUGGCUCUACUCGCGCCAGGUCGCGUUGGCCCUGCUCCCUUUCAGCGUCUACUCCGUCUUCCACGUUGCGACUUAUACCCGUGCCCACUUGAUUCCCACCAUCCAGGGCCCCGCCCAGGGUGCUGCUGCUCCCGGCUCGCCCACCUCUAGCGCUCCUAAGCCCGCCCCUAGGUCGUCCCCCCUGGCCGAUACCAUUGGACGGUUUGUCAAGCAGUACUAUGACACCAGCAUGCACCUGGUCGCCCAGCUGGAGAUGUUGCUCCUCUUCCGCCUGGCCUUGGCGAUUCUCACCUUCUCCAAGGGUAGCUUUGUCCUUUUCUUCUUCUACCUGGCCUUCUUCCGCGCGAGAUACGCCCAGAGCUCUUUUGUCCAGCAGGCUGUCCGCCAUUUCACUGCAAGAGUCGAUGCUUCGGUGUCUCACCAGAGCACUCCUCCGGCCGUGCGCCAGGGCUGGGAGUCUUUCAAGGGGUUCGUGGGCCAGGCCUACGAGGCUACGGAUCUUAACCGGUUGAGCGCCGGAGCUGGUGCUAAGAAGCCCCAAUAAAGGGCCGUCAGUACGGCUCCCGGUGGCUCCAGGAUAUACAACGGACUUGGUUGAAUCACCCCGCGACCUACGUCGCAAAGAUAACUUGGUGGGAGCCGUUUGUUUCUGGAUGCCGAGCAAUUAAUGAAUGCCACGGCCUACGGUAUCAUCUUUUGGUGAGAAAGGCGGCCAUCUUACGAACAAUGAAAAUUGUGAAUAGCGGAGGAGAGUGGAGACAAGACUGGAGUAGCCUCAGGGAUGGUACCUUAAUUGUUCUGGGAGGAAGUGAGGGAGUUUAUGUGGAAUGUCUCAGCAGCUUUCUUGUCCUUGAAUACGUCUUAUUGCUUAUAUAUGCUCAAUGCGACAGCAGCCUGUAAAGCGCUCCA